AACUCGUCCAAUAUACGACAAUGAAGAAAGUGCCUGAGAAUUGUUUCCUUUGUGAAAAUAAAAGAGUUUUUAGUUUAACCGGAAAAAAGGAAUCGUAUUAUAAUAAAAAAAUUUCUUAUUUAUUAGGUCAUCCAUUUAUGGAUUUUGUAACAGCAAAUAAAGAGGCACAAAUUGAACUAGGUGUUUGUAGAGCGUGUGACGGGAAAAUUCAAUCUGCUUAUGAAAUUGUUCAAAAACUUGAGCUUGUUUUGAGUGAUGGCAUACAAUUACCAGACUCGACUCGAGUUAAGCGUGGCAUAGUCUCGCCCACAACCCCCAAAGUAUCUGCAACUGUGAAGCAUAGUAAACAUUCUCCUAGUCAAACAACUGCAAGGCGCUCACUUGUUGACACGGCCAGACCCGGUACUUCUAUUUGUAAGGACUCUCCAGAAGUAGUUGAAGUACCGGUAAGUGGUGGUCAUGCUGUACUCAAAAGUGAUCAUGACUGUAAGGACACAGCCAUUGGAUCAGAUCAUGACUACACAACAGUUUUUAGUAACACUGCUAUUAAACCACAAGACAGUCAUGCAAUUCUUACAAACACUGCUGUGGACAUUAUCAAGCAGCAUUUGCAUGAUAUAAGUGGGAGCACUGGAAAUUGUGGAAUAGUGGACGAAAUAGUUGAUAUUGUCGCCAAUAAUAAGACAUUAUCAAAACGAGUUCAAGCAAGAUUCUUGGAACAGAUCAACAAUGUCUGUGGAGGACUAGCAUCAAGAGAUGCUGCAUUAAACAGCAUUCUUUUGAAAAAGAAAAGUGUUUCACAGUUGCUGCAAAAUGGUGAAAACAUUAUUCCAGAAAUAUUACAGGAAAUAUCAGAAAGCCUUCCGUUUGUCCUUGACCUGUUCUGCACGAUGGCAAUAGCGGGCAAUACCCCAUCAGCCAAUAAGAUUGCCCCAAUUGUGUCUGCCUAUGCCAUCCUCAUGAAUGCCAGGAAUGAGAAGUUGUCAGCGUGGCACAGACUCACAACAGUUGUAUCCAUUAAAGGGCACUUGGAUGACGCAGCACUAACACUAUUCAACCGCAUGGGACUUACAAUGUCGUCAUCAUCCAAACUGCGGCUACUGGGUGAGGCUGGGGAUAUGCUGGAACACACCAUGAACAGUACUAGAAGAAAAAAACUACUCGAAAUCACGAGUGACAGAGAUGUGAGACCAGGACAUCAGGCAAUGGACAGACACAACAAGGGCAGCAGGUAUUGCUGUACUGUUUUGAACUCUUCGACCUGCUCUCGACCUAUAUCCUGGAGGUACUGGGACAGGUUACUAGCUGGUCUUGCAUGUAUUAUCCUCUUCACACUCGGGAGAUCAAACCUCAUGCGGCUGAUGAUUCCAGCAACAGAUGAUAUUGAGCCCAAGAAAAGAAUCAAGCGUCAGGCAGCCAUAGGUCGACCCCGCGCCACGUCUGUGUCUGGAACACCGUAUCAGAUGACACAAAACUCCCCCCCUCCAAAACAGCUGUUCACUGCCACCAGACAGUCAUCUCUGACACAGUUUUUUCAUGCUGGUGAAGAUUCUGCAACUGAAUAUUUUGACCAGAAAGCAGCUGAAAUUUCAAGCAACCAUCGUGCAAUAAAAUAGUGUCAAAGUAUCAUUCAGGUUGAGUCACAUUGGGGUGUGUCUAGCGAUGAAUUACACCGGACCUCAUAUUUAAAACAAAUCCAAAACAGAUUGUCUCCUGAAUUGGUGGACGUUGAACAAUUACGGUCAUCUUGUUCUGAUGAAUAUGGUUCCGAUUAUGUUUCUAAAAGUGGUGUGGCCAAACGAAAGUGUUCAGAUAAUGUAACUAAAAUAUCUGUAGGUAAGGAUUUUCCAUCUAAUAAAGGUGAUGCUGUAAACAGAGAGAAAUAUGUCAAACGAAAGAGGAAUUUAUUAGAAUGUUCAGAUGAAGGUACCAGAUAUUUUGAAGCAAACAGUUUUGAUGGAAAUGGAUUAAAGUAUGAUGUCUCCUGCAACAAUGCUUUUUGCCAUCCACAUAUUGACAAGAGAGUGAAAAUGGAUAUGAAGGUUGCUGAGUGCCAUGGUUUUACUGAGAAUUCUGACAUCCAAAUUAAAGAAGAAUUUAAUGACACUGAACUGAAUUCAUCAGAGUUUUCCAAUGUCAAUGCUAUCGUUGAGCAGCAUGGUAAUGACAAUAGUUGUUUAGAAAUAAGCAAAACUGAAUUUUUUGGAAGUGAUUUCAAUGACAAAAAUAAUGCUAGCUUAGAAAACAACCCAGAGACAAUAGCUGCUGUUGAAAGUGGUGGUACAGUUAUGCAAUCUCUGGAGUUAAACACUGAAUAUUGUUCAGUGAUGUUGCCAUCAGUGUAUGUUGAAGACACCGAGAGUUUGGAUCUGAACUCAGAGCUGACACUUAACACCCAGACUGGAGAUAAAAUUGAUCCAUCUUUUGAAGAGGCUGGCUCCAAUGCUGAAUUGACGCAAUCUCAGCUGCUUCUGUGAAUCUUGACUCAAUAAACCUUAAACCUUUCCCCAUCAGAAGCAAGGUGAAAAUGGCUAUAUGCAACCACCCUAAAACCAGAACAGCCUGCGAGGAACUCGCAGUCUGUUCAGGUUUUAUGCUGCUUAUCAGUAUCAAAGGGUUGGAAAUGAAGCCUUUAAAACUUGAUUCUAGUAAAGAAGAUUUUAAACUUAAUUAGUUUUUAUUAGUGACUGCAAACCCAUUAAAGUGUGUUGAUAAGGGUAAAGGGUUAAGCUAUUCAACAUUUGUAAAUAUAAAGAAUAUUGGACCCUUUAAGUUAAUACUGUAAAUUGCAUUUUAGAACAGGUUCAAUGCAUCUAAAUAAUGGUGAAUCUGUCUUUAUGACUGUCAACAUAUUUUGAAAUUUCAGAGAAUUUGGAAUGUGACCAUGAAUCGAAUAUUUAUAUUCAUGUCUUUUAUUUAAUAUGUUUUUUAUCUAAUCUGCCUGGUCGCAGCAGAUUUUGAAAGUUUAUCUCAUAUUCAUAAUGUUUGGAAGUUUCAAAGGCAUAGCUCGCAUACAAAUCAUGUAUUGAAAAAUUGAAGCAAUAAUACAUGUAAAAAUGU